UUCCCGCUCACUCGUCCGGAUUUUCAGUUUCUUUGCAGAGAGAGAGAGAUGGCUCCGUUGAAGACAAGCAAAGUGUCCUCGAUGUCGCCGGCAAAGAGGUUCGUGGUAGAGGUGACGGAUUCGCCUACGACUGGACCAGUGUAUCGCAGUGCGAUAGCCACAGAAGGUCCGUUGGUUCAAGGCGGGGACACCUGUUGGGAUAAUUUCCGCAUGUCCGUGGACAAAUAUCCAAAUAAUUCGAUGCUCGGUCAGCGGGAGAUUCUCAAUGGAAAGGCUGGCAAAUAUGUAUGGCUAACGUACAAAGAAGUAUAUGACACCGUAAUGAAACUUGGAAACUCUAUCCGCAGCUGUGGUGUUGAGGAUGGAGGACGAUGUGGUAUCUAUGGGGCCAAUUGCUCAGAGUGGGUCAUAAGCAUGCAGGCAUGCAACGCGCAUCGACUUACUUGUGUUCCUUUAUACGAUACCCUUGGUGCUAAUGCUGUGGAAUAUAUAAUCAACCAUGCAGAGGUUACGAUUGCUUUUGCGCAUGAAAAGAAGGUUCCAGAGCUGCUGAAAACUUUCCCUAACACAACAAAAUACUUGAAAACAAUUGUGAGCUUUGGCGAUGUUACUCCUGAACAAAGAGAAGAAGUUAAAAAGUUUGGUCUGGCCCUAUAUACUUGGCAUGAAUUUUUGGUAUUGGGAGAAAAUAAGCAGUAUGAUCUUCCAGCAAAGAAGAAAUCUGAUAUUUGUACAAUAAUGUAUACCAGUGGCACCACUGGUGACCCGAAGGGUGUUAUGAUCACCAAUAAUAGCAUUAUAAAUGUUGUUGUUGGGAUGAACCGUGUGCUGCAAGAGAAUGUGAAUGAACCGUUCAACGAAAAGGAUGUUUAUUUUUCAUAUCUUCCUCUGGCACAUAUAUUUGAUCGUGUGAUUGAGGAGAUUCUUAUCCGUCAUGGCGGCUCAAUAGGAUUCUGGCGUGGGGAUGUCAAGCUAUUGACUGAAGAUCUUGGUGCGCUGAAACCUUCUAUUUUUUGUGCUGUUCCCAGAGUAUUGGACAUGAUUUAUACAGGUUUGAAAAACAAGAUUUCUUCUGGGAGUCUCGUUAAGCGUUCUUUGUUUGACAUCGCAUACAGAAGCAAACUUGACCGUAUGAAGAAGGGGAUGAAACAUACGGAGGCAGCCCCAAAUUUUGACAAAAUCGUUUUCAGUAAGGUAAAGCAAGCACUAGGGGGGAAUGUACGGCUUAUUAUAUGCGGAGCUGCACCCCUCGCUAGGCAUGUAGAAACCUUUUUCCGAGUCACGAGUUGUGCAUAUGUUAUUCAAGGAUAUGGUCUGACAGAAACCUGCGCGGGAUCAUUUCUCGCAACACCAGAUGUGAUGAAUAUGACUGGUACAGUGGGUUCUCCAGUGCCCAAUGUGGAAGUACGCCUAGAAUCUGUCUUUGAGAUGGGAUACGAUGCCCUUGCAAGCACACCGCGCGGAGAAAUCUGUAUGAAGGGCGAGACAGUGUUCUCAGGGUACUAUAAACGCGAAGACCUCACAAAAGAGGUCCUGGUUGAUGGAUGGUUCCAUACAGGGGAUGUCGGAGAAUGGCAACCAGACGGGAGCAUGAAAAUUAUUGACCGGAAGAAGAACAUUUUCAAACUUGCACAAGGAGAAUAUGUUGCUGUUGAAAAGUUGGAGAGUGUUUAUGGUGGUGUCCCUGGUAUUGACUCGAUAUGGGUAUACGGGAACAGUUUCGAGUCUUUCCUUAUUGCUGUUCUUAACCCGAAUAAAGCAGCACUGGAACGUUGGGCUGAAGAAAAUGGUAUUCCUACUAGGGAUUUCAAUUCCCUCUGUGAAAAUCCCAGGGCAAAAGCUUACGUACUCGGAGAGCUAGCAAAAGUUGCAAGAGAAAAGAAGUUGAAAGGUUUUGAGUUCAUAAAAGCUGUUCAUCUCGACCCGGUGCCAUUCAACAUGGAUCGCGACCUUCUCACCCCAACAUUCAAGAAGAAAAGGCCUCAGUUGCUCAAAUACUACCAGAAUACUAUUAACAACAUGUACGAGAGCACAGGUACAAAUUUGCAAAGUAUGCGGCAGCCUCGUUGCCAGAGGUUUUUUAUGAGCUCAAAGCCCUAAGGCUCAGUUUAGACGGCGGGACCCAGAAAGUUUUUGCAUUCUCUUUCAUCCCACUUUUUUCCCUAUUGUGUAUCCGAUAAACUAAAUGAGAACUUGUACAACAUGGACCAUUAAGCAAGAAACAAACCGCACUAGUCUCACACGACUUGUCCACCGGUUAAGAUCAGUUUGUGCC